AUGGUAUCCUCUCCGUUCGAGGCGAAUAGAGUGAUUAAACAGGUGGCUUCCGACGAGGGCCAUCGGUUUCCGCGCGCAAGAACAAUUCUACUGGAACACAUUUACGUAGAUGACGUCUUGUUCGGUCAUCAUGAAAUCGCUGAGUUGCUUCAGAUUCGAACCGAAUUAACCGGGCUGCUCACGAGCGGAGGUUUCGAGCUCCGGAAAUGGGCCAGUAACUCGACCACGCUCAUCGCGGACAUCGACCCGAAAGAUCACGGGCUCGCGUGCACCAAACUCCUAGCUCCGGACGAGAAUCUGAAGAUUCUGGGUAUCGGGGGGAAUCCACACCUUGACGUAUUUCAGGUCUCCGUGUCCGUCGACGAUCCGAUUCCGUCAACCAAGCGAGCGAUCUUGUCUGCAAUCGCGUGUCGCGUGUCGCGAAAUCCGCAAGUCGCGGGUGUCCGCGAUUUGUCAGGGGGGUCGCGGAGGGGGUAUCGACCCCCCGCGAAGAUCGUAUAA